UCGCGAUUAAUCCGCAUUUUGCUUCAAAGAAAAAAAAUUGCCAACCGCUGCUUAAAUCGGACGCAUCGAGUGAAUCGCGACGGUUUCGUUCAAAAAAAAUCGUAUUUUUGUUCGGUGAAAAAGUGCCCAUUUGUGCGGUGGUUCUGAGGGUACCCCUUGUUUCUUAUUCUUGCUAGACCGGACACCAACCAGCCACCACCAUGGACGCGAUCAAGAAGAAGAUGCAAGCGAUGAAGCUUGAGAAGGACAAUGCGGCCGAUAAAGCCGAUGCCAUGGAAGGGCAGGCGAAGGAUGCCAAUUCCCGCGUGGACAAACUCAAUGAAGAACUGCGCGAUCUUCAGAAGAAACUGUCGCAGGUCGAGCAGGACUUGGUCAGCACCAAGAACCACCUGGACCAAGCCAACAAGGAUUUGGAAGAAAAGGACAAGGCUCUGGUCGCUGCUGAAUCUGACGUCGCUGCCCAGAACAGGAAGCUGCAGCUGAUUGAGGAGGAUCUUGAGCGCUCUGAAGAACGUCUCGCCACUGCCACCACCAAACUGGCUGAAGCUUCACAGGCCGCUGAUGAAAGCUCACGUAUGUGCAAGGUGUUGGAGAACCGCUCCCAACAAGAUGAGGAGCGCAUGGACCAGCUGACCAACCAAUUGAAAGAGGCCCGUCUCUUGGCUGAGGAUGCCGACAACAAAUCCGACGAAGUUUCCCGUAAGCUGGCCUUCGUUGAAGACGAGCUUGAAGUAGCUGAAGAUCGUGUUAAAGGUGGUGAUGCCAAGAUCAUGGAACUGGAAGAAGAACUGAAGGUCGUCGGCAAUUCUCUGAAAUCUUUGGAAGUGUCCGAGGAAAAGGCCAAUCAAAGAGUGGAAGAAUUCAAGAAACAACUGAAAUCCUUGACUGUCAAGCUAAAGGAAGCCGAAGCUCGUGCGGAGUUCGCCGAAAAGACUGUGAAGAAGUUGCAGAAGGAGGUUGACAGGCUUGAAGAUGAAUUGGGUAUCAACAAGGACAGAUACAAGUCCCUCGCCGACGAGAUGGACUCCACUUUCGCCGAAUUGGCCGGUUACUAGAGCGCAUCACUCAAUUUUCCUAUUUUAAUAUCGUUAAAGAAAAAUUGUGUAUAUUGUAUUUUUGAUGUAAACUUACUAUUACUUUGUUCUAAUGCACCAUCACUACUAUUUAUACGUUUAAGAUCCUGUGUAAUAAAACCGUUUCGGAAAUGUAAAUGUUUUAGUUUCGAGUAAGUGCAAAAUUAGAUCGAUUGCCGACUCAUAGCGUACAUGGUCAGUGGUUUGUUGUGUCUUGUUUAUUUCAUUAAAAUAAAAGCAUUCAUGUGUG